GUCAAUGUCAAAUACAUCAAUUAUCAAGCAAGCUGUCCAUGCAUAAUAUUAAUGAAGUGUACGCUACAUAAAGUGAAGUUUUACAUCGAUUUGAACAAUUUUCGAAUUGUUAUAUUAGUGGAGUGCUACAGUAUUUAGUUGAUAUUUGAGUAAUAUGGGGUCGUCUAGACGACGUGAUCGUUCUAGAUCUCGAGAUAGAGACAGAAGAGAUAGAAAACGUAGCCGUUCCAGAGACAGAUAUCGUGAUAGGCGUAGGGAGCGAAGUCUAAGUCGGGGACGGGAGCGAAGGCGUGAAAGGGAGAGAUCUUUAACACCCCCAGAGCCUGAUGGUGAUAAAAUGAUUGCAGAAACUCUGGCGACACUUGCAGCGACAAGAAACUUUGCUAGUCUAAUUUCCAAAGAAGGAGACGGAAAUUCCAAUAUGUCCACUGGUAGUAGUGAGGACGAAAGGAGGAAAAAGAAACGUUCCAGAUGGGGAGGAAGUGAACAUGAAAAGAUUUUUAUCCCUGGAAUGCCAACCAUAUUGCCCCAGAAUCUGAAUAAGGAUCAAGAACAAGCAUACUUACUUCAGCUGCAGAUCGAAGAAGUCAGCCGUAAACUACGAUCCGGGGACUUGGGAAUUCCGGCCAAUCCGGAAGAAAGAUCCCCUUCUCCCGAACCGAUUUAUAGCAGUGAUGGGAAACGUUUGAAUACAAGAGAAUUUCGUACCAGAAAGAGGCUGGAAGAGGAAAGACACACCCUCGUAUUGAGGAUGCAAUCAAUCAAUCCGGAAUUUAAACCACCCCUAGAUUACAAACCACCUGUAACUAGGGUUAGCGAUAAAGUGAUGAUACCCCAAGAGGAACACCCCGAAAUAAAUUUUGUAGGUCUACUGAUAGGACCUAGAGGAAAUACGUUGAAAACAAUGGAAAAGGAAACCGGUGCUAAAAUUAUUAUCCGUGGAAAGGGUUCCGUUAAAGAAGGAAAGGUUGGAAGAAAAGAUGGACAACCACUUCCCGGGGAAGAUGAACCAUUACAUGCUUAUAUCACCGCUACUAAUCCUGAAUGUGUUAAGAAAGCAGUCGAAAGGAUCAAAGAAGUCAUAAGGCAAGGAGUGGAGGUUCCGGAAAAUCAAAACGACCUCAGGAGAAUGCAGUUAAGGGAAUUGGCUCAAUUAAAUGGUACAUUGAGGGAAAAUGAUGGUAUGAGAUGUAAUAAUUGUGGCGCUACUGAUCACAAAUCUUGGUUGUGUCCGGAUAAACCCAACAUUACAAACAGCAUUGUUUGUUCGAGUUGUGGGGCAGCGGGACACAUCGCUCGCGAUUGUCGAUCGAAACGUCCAGGUCAAGGUGGACCGCCCUUACCCGGAGUAGGAGACAAGGCGAAAAUCGACGAAGAAUACAUGUCGCUGAUGGCCGAAUUGGGCGAAGCGCCUCAACCGGUUUUCGCCAACAAUGGAACUAAUCAACAACGUAAACCGCAGACUGGUUUCAACGUAUUCGAAAAUCAACCGCCGCCGCGUCCUUUAAUGCCUCCACCGAUACCUUGUCCGCCCAUACCUCUUAUUAAUGGUAAUUUACCACCGUCAGCGUGGCCAGGUCACGCCCCGAUGCAUUGGCCACCAGCACCACCUCCGCCAACAAUUCUACCGCCUCCUCCACCACCGGGCGCAUCUAGCCCUCCUCAAAAUUUAAUGCCGACGUCGUGGGCGCCAUCUCAACCCCCACCGCCGGGAGCUCCUCCACCGUUUACGUCAUGGCCGCCGAGUAGUUUCCCUCCACCGCCUCCUCCAGGCAUCGAUGUUAAUUCGCUACUUUCUUCACCGCCUCCGCCGCCGCCACCUUCUUAAACUAAAAUAUAUUUCAAAGAAUAUUUUUUAAUAGUCCAGGAAAAUUAAAUGAAUAACCUUUAUUUGGUAACCGGAUGAUGGUGUUUGUAAUUGAAAAUAUAUCGACACCCCCCUUUUUUAAGUUUUUGGUUUUUAAGUGUUAAAAUUUUAAAAACGUCAUCGUUCAAACUGAAAAUCUUUUUUCGUCGUUUGUAGUAAAUCACAUCUCGAAAUUUUCAGUAUUGAUGAAAUGAACACCGAUUGAAAUAAAUAUACAAGGUGGCGCAAUGAAGGCACUGCUCUAUUGGAAAUUUUCCUCGGUAUUACUGAUGUUAUCAUUCCACCACGGUUAUUCUCCUUGAGCUAAUCGAGGUGAUUAUUACCGUAGACUCUGUGCUAGGAGUAUUCCAACAAAAAUAAAGUCGAGAAGCAUCAAAUCUGGAGUAAAAGGGGGCCAUGGAAUGGGAACACCAGUUUCCAAACAUCACAAUAUAACGUUGUUUUUCACAAAAGAAGAAACAAAUUAUUAUUCUACCGGCAUUGCUGCACAUUCUGUCACUUUAGGACUAUACAGAGAUUUUGACGGUUUAUAAACUCAGUGAUUGGAAAUAGGCAACAUGAGGGAAAACGAUUGGAAAAUCUAUUGAGCAUUUCAUUAGCAAAAACAAGCUUUUCCUAUUUGUCUCAUUUUGUCUCUUCUCUCUUUUGUCCUACAUUUGCUUGUGGUUUGAACGUCGAAUCAGUAUCUUCGCAAAAUGCGCUCCAUUUCAUUGCAGGGGGUUUGUCUGCGAGUCUGUCAGCUAUUCUGGUUCCCACCAUUCCAUGGUAAUUUUAUUUUUCUUGUCUAGCGCGUUUAGAUUUGUCCAGGAAUUCCUAAACUAUUUGAAUUUCAUGAUAUUGAAGCUCAAAGUUCUAAUGUAUGACAGGAUGAUGAUUUCCUGUUGGCGACGACUUCUAUCUAGAUCGAACCGGAUACAUUCUUCAUUCUGCUUGGCGGGUUACUCAGGCUUUCAGAGUGUUUGGUACUGGGCCCCUUUUCCAGUUCCAUCUGUUGCUUUAGAACCGUUCGUGUACCAUUUGAUGGCAUUUCCUGUAUGGUGUUCUACAGUACCCUAAGGAAUUUAUUCGAGAAUACAGGAUUGAUAUAUUUUCAAUUAAGGAUAUAAUUUGACGAGAUCAUUUUUCGAUUUUCAAUUUCCUGGACUAGAAAAAGGAUGUAAUAGUUUUUUUUUUAAUAUAAAAAUUAAUUUUAUAUAAACAAGUGUAGAUUAAAUGAAUAUAUAUUGGAUUAGAUCUUAAA